AUGCUCACCUUCGGGCGGGUGCGGAUGGUGGUGACUGGCGUGCUGUUCUUGGUACCUUAUCUACUCUAUAUGUCGGGGCAACCAGAUGCUGCGUUACGCCGGCCGGCAGCAACUGACGCAGUUGUUUCCGUGCCACACGUGGAGGAUUCAACAGCCCUGAAGACCAGACAACAUGCGCAAACAGAGCUGAUAAGAUACAUUUGCCCCGGGAUGCAGUUUGGCUGUGAAGGCAUCAGAAAGUUUUUGAGACCCGUGCAGAGCUGGAGCAAGAAGAGAUGUCAGCAUUUUCAGUUUGUCCAUGUGGGCAGCACGGGAGGGACGGCCUUCAGCCUUUGGGCAGCACAGAGCAACCUCACCUGUUUGUUCACCAACCCAGAGAAUCGACCGCAUCCAUUCACGCACACGCGCCUGGCACCAUACUACUUGGAGCUGCUGCCCGCAGACACCUGCUUCGUCUUAUAUGUUCGAGAUGUCGUAGAUCGUUGGAGGAGCGGCUUCUUCAUGGCAGCUGGCAAGAGGAAGUUUCCAUGGGUUUUUGACACCUUCCCGACAGCGAACGACCUUGCAGAAGCUUUGUCUGCUGAGGAUCAGGAACGACGGCGGCUAGCAAAGCAGGCACACGAGACUUUGGAACACCUCCACAAAGGUUUUGCAUUUUACCUCCCAGACUUCGAGAAGCUUCUCGAUCGAGUACUCUACGUGGGCCUUACCUGCAGCAUGAAGCAGGAUGUUGCGAAGCUCUUGCGUGCAGUCGGCAUCCCUGAUGGCAUUGCGGCAUGCAUGCCGGAGUUGAAGGCUGAAGACACUAUGUCAGCGUCGAAGACCGCGAUGUACAUGUCCGAGCUUGCGGUGCAGAAUGUGCAGAAACUCAUGCAGCCGGACUUCCAAAUCAUUAAUCUGCUGGCCGGCGUGGGCGCGCUGACGUCGAGCAAUCUCACUCAGCAAUGCCAUGGCUGA